AUGACUCGACAGAUCUAUUGUAAUAUCUGCGGCGGCCCCUUUGUGGUCGGCGACGGCAUCUGGCUGGGGGAAGCCAUCUUGUUGAGCACAGGACAUCGGACACAGAACGGCUUCGAGAUAGACGAAUACUACCCCCGUCAUCAUCUAGAAACAGGUUUCUGGCUAGGCGAGCAUCUGCCUGAACAGGCCAACAGAGUUCUCCUUCGCUUGGACUCGAAGUACGGUCCCGACACUCGCACUUUCUACUUGCUGGAACGGAAGGAAACAGUUAGACCAAACGUUCUCAACAAGUCACCCAGCAGACCUGGAGGCGGCUCACUAUAUCUUUCUGUUCACAAAGCUUGCUUGCAGCUUGCUGAUCACUUCAUAUACACCGCCUCAAUUCCGGAAACAGCUGUGGCGGACACAACCUCUCGCAGAAUCACUUCGGAGUCACAGCUCUGGGAGGUUUUGUGCCGACGUUUGGACCAGGCCGAGACUGAUAUUACAAUAUCCCAGGAGCCCCAUCACUUNUUCGUGCCACACACUAUCCUAACUCCGAUGCCAUGGGAGCUCGAGCCUGAUCCAGACGAUGAUUCAGAAGAACAUGUUUGGGCUCACACUCUACUGAUGGCGAACCCUCUUGACAUAUCGAAUGUCACACAAUAUGUACUGAAAAAUCUCAAAGCAAUCCCUGAUACCGAACCGCCAUCGCACGAAAAACAGGACGAAUCUUUUGAGCUACUUGUCAAACCAAGAACUUUCCCUUGGUUAUGGGACCUUGACACUGGCUAUAUACGCGACAAACAACUAUCAGGUCAUUGGGACUGGGAGUAUCUGAUUCGCCUCCUUUCGGAACCCGACAUACACAUGCCCGGUAACGACUCGUUGCACAUUCCAGCCUCUCUUCGCAACCGCCGGAGGAUCUGGCGGAUCCUUGAAGUAGCCAGAGUUGCUGACGCUCCAGUCAAGCGCUUACCAGGCAGAGGUGGACACAGAAGUGGGCGCAGAGGUAGGUACUGA